AUGUCGAAUCGACGAGAAGACGGAGAAGCAGAUGAAGACGACGAACUGAGAUCGACGGUCGUGGUCGGUGAUAGUCUGGUUGGCUGUGUCACUGCUGCUGGUGGUGGUGAAGGUAAACAGAAGGCGAAGAAGACGGAGAAGAAGGAGAAGAAGGAGAAGAAGAAGGUCAAGGUUGGUGUCAGAGUUUGA